AUUGUGAUAGAGUCUGCAGAUGCAGAGGCUGCAGGUCCUGGGGUCAAGCAGGACAGGUCUGAAGGAGAGGAGGACCCAAGGCAAAGCAGAGACAUCCAGACUGGAGUGGUUGGAGCGCCCUAUAAAGCCAUGGAGGACCCCACCACCGCUGCGCCCCAGCCCAGGACCCGAUGCAGCAUCACGGAGGAGGAGGAGGAUCCAGAGGUGCUGCUGGUGAAGGAGGAGGGGUUUGAAGAGGGUCUGGGGAACCCUGAGGGGCCCAUGGUCAUGGAGGACAACCAGACUACACCUCCUCCUGAACCCACAGAGGAACCAGCUGAGCAGCACAGGACCACACACAGUCUCACUGAGUCAGUAGACAUGGAGGAUGGGAAGCCUGAUCUGCUGCUGGUCAAAGAGGAGACAAUAGAAGACGGACCAGAGAGCAUUGACCUGCUGAGUGGACUAAAUAUGGGGGAGCAUGGUGGUUGGCUGGAGGCUAACAGAGGAGACUGGGCGACCAUCUUGGAUUCCCAGACCCAGAUGGGUGCAGCCAAGGGCCUAAGGGACAACAUCACUGAGCAGGCCAGGACCAGAGGCGACAUAGUGGAGGUCAGUGGAUGGGACAGCGUCCUCAACUCUGGGCUGGGGAACAACACUGUUAACCACAACCAGAAACAGACAAGCGAACCCAAAACAACAUCUGAACACGGUUUCCAUGACAACAGACUGGCUACGACCAGGGCGAGGCAUAGCUUUGGUCUGCGGGGACGGGAAGGUGUCGGUAUGCGGCGGGAGAGAACACACACAGACUCGGCUAGCGAUGAUCCGUCCUGCUCCUAUAGUUGUGAUUCAGAGAGAUUGAUGGCACCUCAGGUGAACCCCCUAACAGAUGCUGCUUUCAGCCUGCCUUCUAUAGGAUCUAUCAACUGGAACAUGGACCCUGCGACAACACAGACACUCCCUGGCCUUCGACCUCCUCACACUCUCCUAAUGUUAAACCAGACCUCAGACAAUGCCAGUGCCUCAACACUAAAUGGCUACACAAGCCCAUUGACAAAUGACAGUAGUAGAGACGGAAUCAGUAAAGUUGGCAGCGCAAUAGAGAAGCGCUUCACGUGUUCGUUCUGUGGGAAAGCCUUCAGUUUCCCCCAACAGGUGGAGAUCCACCAGAGGAUGCACACGGGGGAGAAACCGUAUGGCUGCCACCUGUGCCGGGCCACUUUCUCCCAAUCGUCCAGCCUGAAUAGGCACCAAAGAGUCCACACAGGGGAGAAACCCUUCAGCUGUACCCAGUGUAACAUGCGCUUUGCCCAUGCUGGCAACCUGAAGAGACACCAGAGGGUCCACACAGGGGAGAAAUAAUACAGCUGACCCCAGUGUGAGAAGAGAUUCUCCUGCCAGCACCAGCUGAAGAUGCACCUGAAGGUCCACACGGGAGAGAGGCUGUUCGCCUGUACACACUGCAGGAAGAGGUUCUCAGAGAGGAGCUACCUCAGGAUACACCAGCAGAAAAACCAUUCCACUCAAUAACAUAGAAAGUAACCAUUCCACUCAAUAGCUUCUGACGUUUAGAUCAAACCCUGUAUUAAAGACAAACAUGAAUUGUUGUCAGCAGAAAAUAUACUUUAGAUUUUACCUUUAUUUAAACAGGGAGUCACCAUUGAGAAACUGAAUGGAGCUAAGCAAAAUCCUAGAGGAAA